AUAGACCAUACCAAUCAACGACGUGCAAAGCGCACGCGAGUAAACCAUGGUUCAUCGUAAACAAUGCUUGUUUUGUGACAAACACAUUGUGUUUGUUUCAAGCGCCGCUUCUCCGCACUCGAACUCGUACGUACAAUACAAAGUCAUGUCAUGACUUUGUAGUCGUAGAUCUGUGACUGUGUGUGGUACAUGGUGUGAUCGAUCGUGUCGAUCAACCCUCUUUCUACUGAUUUCUGGCCUUUGCCGCACGUGUGUAGAGAAAAAAAUAAGUAGAAUGGACGAGUUUCUUCGUGAUUACUGUCCCUUCUCAGUCCAUCAGAAACGUGCGGUGUUUGGUGCUGGGCUGGUAGCUUUUCUCAACGCUUUUCCAACUGUAGUUCUUGUGUUCAUUGGUACCAACCCCGCCUGGCAUUGUCGUGAGGAUGAUCGCACUAGCGAGCUAGGAACAGUGACUGACGCUGAAUACUUGCACGUUAGUCGCAGCACGUCGUUGCACGCUAUAGCCAGUAUAGCACGCACUAAGCGAUCAGACUGCGAACGGCUUGCGUUGGGCGAGUGCUCAGUGACGUAUGAAGAACCCUGGGCUACUGCAAGUGCCGAGUUUGGAUUGAUCUGUGAGCAUGAAGCUGCUUCAAGCUAUGCUCAGUCCUUCUACUUCUUCGGCAUGCUAUUGGGUAGCUGGCUGUCUGGAUGGUGUUCGGAUAUGUAUGGCCGCCGACGGGCUCUUCUACUGGGAUUGUUUGUGGCUACACUGGCGUCACUAUGGACAACGAUUACGUCAUCAUUUGCAACAUUUGCCCUUUCAAGGUUUGCAGCGGGUGUUGGUGUUAUGUGCGCUGGUGUAGUUAACAAUAUAGUGGCUAGUGAAGCUGUAGCGCCCUCAUACCGAUCCCUUACGACUUCGCUAAUGCACCUGGGAUUCUGCCUCGGUAUGACUGUCACACCAGCAUUGGCGUAUGCCUGGUCAGACAAUUGGCGUGUGCUGAUGAGAAACAUCACACUAAUCACCAUGGCGUCCUCUGCUCUGGUCUAUGUGUGGGUAUGUGAGACACCAUUCUGGCUGCAGGUGCACAAGAAGCAAUCAGAACUGCGCAUUCUCCUGACCCGCUGGGUAGCAAGCAGUGGAAACACUGUGCCAGAAAGAGUGCUUAACAAUGUUAUCACCGGCCGCAGUGCAACAACCCUAUCACGAUCUAGAACUGAGAUUGGAGUGGAGAGUGAGACUGGUCGGCAUGACGCUCAGUAUGCUGGUGAUGCGGAGACUGUGCAGCUCGCAAGUCGCACAGGACAGUCGUUAGCGCAGCUCAAAGCCCUGCUGUCACCAGGUCUGAGAUUCUAUUCUCUUAGUAUGCUGUGGGUCUGGUUCAGUAUUUGUGUAAUGUACUAUGGACUCAUCAUGCACUUGGACGGAGUUGGUAGCAAUAAAUACAUCAGCUUCUUUCUGCUGGCCGCCGUGGAGAUCCCCUCAUCGGCAGCUGUCAUUGUUGCUCUACGACAUGUUGGACGUAAAUCCUGUAUCUUCUGGUGCCUGGUGAUGACGACCGUGUUCUGUGCUUGUUCCGCAUUCAUUGCGCUGCUCAGCACCUGGACAGAUUCUGAAGGUACAUUGCCUGCUUUCAAACAGAUCAACUGGCAACAGUCCGUUUCAAAUUGGCAGUUGACUGUGUCGAUUUGUGGCAAGUUUGCGGCAUCAGCAGCAUUUUCUGUCCUGUAUACGUACGUCCCGGAGUUGUUACCGACCCCGAUACGGACCAGUGGACUGAGUGUUUGUGUAACAGUUUCACGGGCUGGUGCAAUUAUGUCACCGCUUGUGCUGUCCUUGGCUCAGAGUCACCACGCGACAGCACCAUACUUAGUGUAUGUGCUCUUUGGAACCAUGUCCUGUCUUGCCAUAUAUGGCAUGCCAGAGACACGGCAUCGUGGACUACCAGAUACUGUUCAGGAUUUACACAGGCUGAUCGGGAGUCCUGGAUGACCAGACAGACUGUGUGACCCGCAGUACUGAGCCAGUAACGUGGCCACCAUUCACAGUUAUUAUUUAUUGCAACAUCUCAAGACUCAGGGGAAACACCGCCGGGCUAAUGUGAAGCCGAGAGUGCGUGAUAGACAUCCACAAUCACAUCAUGUGUGGCAGGGAUGUUCCAUCACGGUCGCACUGCAAGAACAGCUGGAUAUAGUAUAUUCUGAGUCUGAGCAUGCCUACUCUCUGCUUGGACCCUCUACUUCCUGCCCAGUGCUAUGUGUGCCACUCAGGGUGAGCUUCAGCAGGUCCUGGGCCAUCAGUGCGCUGUGAGUAGAUGACAAUUCGGGAAGAUUGGCUCUUCUAAGAGCUCCGAAACAUUUACUUUGAACAGCUACCAGUAGCUAGGGGGCUGGCGAUACCGGCCUGAUAGCUAAGCGACAGUGGGCCAAGUUAAUAGAGACUGCGAGGCGAUGCUAGAGCUGGCAAAGGUCACAUGAUCAUGAAAAGCCUUCAAUGCAGUCAUGAGAUAAAAAAUCAUGAACUCGCUUUCAAAUUAUAUCUUAUCUCUAUGAUAAUAUCUAUUUAGAACGUGACCCCGGCAGUUUAUGAUACAUGUACACAUCCGCUGUCACAUGCAUGGUAUGUCUUGCUUCUGCUGCCUUGCUCCUGGCCUUGGUUAUUUAUUCUCUAGGUGGCCAGCCUCGGUUAUUUAUUCUCUCAGGUGGCCAGUCGAGGUUAUUUAUUCUUCAGCUGACCAGUCGAGGUUAUCAAGUUAUUCUCUACUGGGAUUGUCUUUAUUGCUUUUGAGAAGUCCACAACCCAGGCUGUUGACCAAGCCAUUACUCCCGGCAUUAGUUUGUCCCCAGCUGCCUGCUAUGAUGUCACAAUACAAUGAUCAUCACGGAAUGUUUUUUUGGGAAAAAGCUGCCAAAUGGGUAUCUACAGUAUGUUCUGAUCCGCAGAAUUUAUCAUAAAUUUAUCAUAAAUUUAUCAUAAAUUUAUCAUAAAUUUAUCAUAAAUUUAUCAUAAAUUUAUCAUAAAUUCAUUGUCAACUUGAACUGGUAGAAUGCAGAACA